AUUGGCCCUGCUCGAUUCCGAGCCCCAGAGCUUCUCUUCCGUCCAGACCUGAUAGGGGACGAGAGUGAAGGAAUCCACGAGGUUCUGGCUUUUGCCAUCCAGAAGUCAGACAUGGACCUGCGACGUACACUCUUUUCCAACAUUGUCCUCUCUGGGGGCUCCACUCUCCUCAAAGGUAUUGACUAGAAUUCUGUCCCACCAAUUACAUAUUGAGGACUGUGGCAAACAACAAACGUUUCACUCCACUCCUUAAGCAUUGGCUAAUUUUAUUCAUCUAUCCUUGUUUUACAUUUUCUCUUUCCCAAAGGUUUUGGUGAUCGAUUGUUAAGUGAAGUGAAAAAGUUGGCACCCAAAGAUGUGAAAAUAAAGGUAUUUGCUUUCUUAACCUUGGGGCCUCAUUUACAUAUGUAUGAGCAGCAAUUUCAAUGUAUUAAAUGUUUAAUGUUGGUUCAACAAUAAUCAUCAAUUUCUGAACUAGUUGUGCUGUUUCACAGUCUAUUUAUUUCCCUGUUUUAAUCUUUAUUAGAUCUCUGCACCUCAAGAACGACUCUACUCCACGUGGAUAGGGUAAGUAACAUGAUGUGAUCAGCCACAGAUUAAACAGAUUAGUCUCUGUUUCCAGAGUAAUGAAGAGUAAUGAUCCUCUCUUGUUGCAUGCUUGAAGGGGCUCCAUCCUUGCGUCACUGGACACCUUCAAGAAGAUGUGGGUGUCAAAGAAGGAGUAUGAGGAAGACCGAGCACGUGCCAUCCAUCGGAAGACCUUCUGA